AUGAGCGAUCCAUCGUUCAAGGACAAGCGCGUCGAGUAUGUUGUGGCGUUUGGCGAACUGAUGGGUCAAGGAAAGAUCCCCAUCUGGAUUGACGAGGCCAAACUUCAACUUGUUCACUUGCCGCACCAAGGCACGGGGAAUAAUCUCCAUGUGAUCGGUGCCAUGUCGUCUGCCAACUUCUUUUUCUGCAGCCACAAGCGUGGGGCGUACAAGCACCAAGACGCAAACCUUUGGCUGCGUGAAAUGUUGCGUGCGGCGUCUCAACACUUUGGACGACUCGACGACAUUGUCGUUAUUGCAGACAAUGCUGCUUGUCACUCCAUGUUGGAGCAGGUUUUUGAAGAGGAGGAGUACGACAGUGCAACACUACUGUGUUUGUCUUCGUCCUCCCCCAUGUUCAACCCAAUCGAAAACUUGUGGUCAGAGUUCAAGGCGCAUGUGAAGACCCUUUUGCGUGAACGCCUUGCCGCCUUCAUGGGGCCUCCCCCAGAUGGACUCACCUGGGAAGAAUUCCGAAUGCAGUACCUCGAGCACAUGGCUCAAGAAGUCAUUCGAGGCAUCGACAUUCAUCGAUUGAACCGUUAUGCUCUACGACUGGAGUAUUUCUAUGGCCGUGCUGAGCGCAUGGAAGACAUGGAAGUCGGCAUGUGA